AUGGUUGGUUAGCUAAAAGACUGGAUAGAAUGGAAUGAGAAAUAUUCUAUUCUAUAUAUUAACUUUGAAUACAAAGGUCAAUAAUAUCUAGGUUAAGCAUGUGCUUCAGAUUAAUUUUAAGGAAAUACUUACAGUUCCAUAUGUCCUUACAAAUUUUAUAACAAAUAUGACUCAUUAUCAUGUGGAGCUGAUAAUACAAAUAAUACAGACGCAAAUGAUACUAGACUAUUACUUCAAGAUUAAUCAAAUAAUAUAAGCAUAAAUCAAACUCAUAGAUUUUUAACUGCAGCAGCUAUAGGUUUGCUUCAUAGAAUUGCACUAGAGAUUAUUUGUGGAGCUAAGUUAAAAUUGCUAGUUGGUUGUGCUUACCUAAUAAAUUUAACAUUUCUUAUUACAUGGAACCACGACCUUGUUAUGUCAAUUUUUUUAAAGGUGAAGAAGCCAUUUAAAAUGGAAUUGGGAGAGCUCCUAUGA